AUGCCUAGCAAACUAAGGAAGGCUAUCGGAGCUGUUAAAGACCAAACCAGCAUUAGCCUUGCCAAGGUUUCUAACACCAAUGCAUCAAAUCUUGAAGUUUUAAUUCUCAAGGCCACCAGGCACGAUGAAGUCCCAAUUGAUGAACGUUAUGUUAACGAAGUGCUCAACCUGAUCUCCUCCAACAAAAUUUAUGCAGCUUCCUGUGCCCAAGCUAUUGCCAAAAGAAUCGGCAAGACACGAAAUUGGCUCGUUGCUCUUAAGUCUCUCAUGCUUGUUCUCCGAAUUUUCCAAGAUGGUGAUCCUUACUUCCCUAAAGAGGUCCUUCUUGCAAUGAAGCGUGGGGCCAAAAUUCUCAACAUUUCGAACUUUCGAGAUGACUCCAAUUCGAAACCAUGGGACUACACUGCCUUUGUAAGGACAUUUGCUCUAUAUCUUGACGAGCGGUUGGAUUGCUUUCUAACCGGCAAACUUCAAAGAAGAUUUACCAACCGAGAGCGGGAAAAUAGCCAUCCAAGAAGCAGACGUCCCAACGAUUCAGUUUCUGAAAUGAAACCAGCAAUGUUGCUGGAUAAACUCUCUUGCUGGCAAAAAUUGCUUGAUAGAGCAGUUGCGACUAGACCAACUGGUGCAGCCAAGACAAACAGAUUGGUGCAAGUUUCUUUGUAUGCCAUUGUACAAGAGAGUUUCGAUCUCUAUCGUGAUAUUUCUGAUGGGCUAGCGCUUGUUCUAGAUAGUUUCUUUCAGUUACAGCCUCAAUAUUGUGUCAAUGCCUUCCAAACUUGUGUCAAGGCCUCAAAACAAUUUGGAGAGCUGUGCUCCUUUUAUGAUUUGUGUAAAAGCCUUGGGGUUGGACGAACUUCUGAGUACCCAAGCGUGCAAGUGAUAUCAGAAGAGCUUAUAGAAACAUUACGAGAAUUCUUAAGAGAUCAAUCUUCUUUCCCUACGAAUGGUCGAUCACCAGCACAUUUGUUUCUUCCAGCACCGCAAACUAGCGAUGCUUCUUCAAGCACUGAUACGUAUGGCAGGUGUGACGAACCUUCAGAGCCAAUAGAGAGACUUUCAGAGAGAGGAUCUGAAUUUGGCUCACAAUGUACCUCACUGGAGGAUCUCAUGAGCGCAAUGGAUAUGGGAACAAGCCCACCUAUGACGUCCUACUUGGGGCAGUUUGAGAACCGAUCACAGAAUGAAGACAUCCUUAGUACUGCUGAUUCUAACUCGAUUCAUUCAUCCACCAUUGACCAAGGAACAGUAAGUGGGGCAAAUAGUGUUUUAGAUCUUAUAUCUUUGGAUGGCUGGCCACCAGAAGACCAACAACAAGAGCAAGAGCAAGAACAAGAACAAGGAAAACAAACCUCGGCUCGGGACUCAAGCACUGGUCAAAGUGAUUGUUGGGAGAUUUUCCUAGCAGAGAGUGCAAGCCAGUCAAUGCAAGCAUCACCAGAUUUAACCAUUGGAUUUGAGUCCAACGCUUUGAGCAAUUUCUUCGAUCAAGAUUCAGCUCAUGUAGCUUGUGAAUUUGAGCCCUCGAUUGCCAACAAUAUCAUCGAUCCAGUUUCACUGCCAGAUCACCAAUACAAUCCAUUUCUACAAGAUACAACUGAGAUACCAGAAAUUGUUGCUCCCAUAGACACCCAAACAGUACGUCCUGCCAAUGAUAUGUUUUCAACGGCCCCUACAUUUCAGGCUACCCCAACCUUUAGCGCGCAGAAUCCUGAUACAGAAGCAGGAUUACACAAUGAAGAUGAUCCGUUUGCACCUACAAUCGCUGCUGGACAUAAAUCUAAUGUUUCCAUGGAUCAACAAAGUCUGUUGCAACAACAGCAAUUGUGGCUGCAGCAGCAGGACAAGAUUAUAGCGAAGAAUAUGUCUUGA